UGGGGAAGGUCCCUUGGGGGGCUUUCAGCCUGCUUGUGGCCGGUUGCUUUGGGGAGCAUCACCCCAAGGAAAGCCGGAUCCACUUUGGAGGUUCGGGGGGCAGAUGGGGAGCCUGAGGGAAGGACCCGAGUUUUCCCCCUCCUCCAAGCCAGGCACAGCCGGGUGUUCUCUGCCGGUUGCAAGCCGUCCAACAGGGCAGCCUCCGUCCUGGCUCCCAGAAGGGAAGCCUGAAACCAGGGAAAGCAGCCUGGGGAGAAUUUGGUGCAAGUGUAACUACGACUCCCAUGACCCCCGGGGAGAAAUAAGGGAUGCUGGGAAUGGUAGUCCUGAAAGGGCUCCGGUGGAAGAGGGGGGCUGGGUGGGAAAGGCCCCUCCGGGUGCCAGGAGAGGUGAGGGGGACCUCUGCAUUUUAGCCAGAACCAAAAGGCCCAUUUUUUUCUUGCCUUUUCAGAUAUUUAUCAACAAUGAGUGGCAGAAUUCAGAGAGUGGGAAAAUAUUCCCCGUAUUUAAUCCUGCAACCGGAGAACAGAUCUGUGACGUGCAAGAAGCUGACAAGGCUGACACAGACAAGGCGGUGCAGGCUGCUCGGCUGGCCUUCUCCCUGGGCUCGGUGUGGCGGAGGAUGGACGCCUCUGAACGAGGACGCUUGCUGGAGAAGUUGGCUGAUCUGGUGGAGAGAGACCGCGCCCUCCUGGCUACCAUGGAGUCGCUGAACAGUGGGAAGCCCUUCCUCCAGGCCUUCUACGUCGACCUUCACGGGGUCAUCAAGACCCUGCGGUAUUUCGCCGGUUGGGCAGACAAGAUUCACGGAUUGACCAUCCCGGUGGACGGAGAUUACUUCACCUUUACGAGGCAUGAGCCCAUCGGGGUGUGUGGACAGAUCAUCCCGUGGAACUUCCCCCUCCUGAUGUUUGCGUGGAAGAUCGCGCCAGCCCUUUGCUGUGGCAACACAGUGGUUCUCAAGCCGGCCGAGCAAACCCCGCUCACCGCCCUCCACCUGGGCACCCUCAUUAAGGAGGCGGGCUUUCCUCCAGGCGUGGUCAACAUUUUGCCGGGAUUUGGACCCACUGUGGGGGUGGCAAUUGCUUCACACCCAGGGAUUGAUAAAAUUGCCUUCACGGGCUCCACAGAGGUGGGGAAGCUGGUUCAAGAAGCCGCCGGCAGAAGCAACCUGAAGCGGGUGACGCUGGAGCUCGGGGGGAAGAGCCCCAACAUUAUUUUCGCAGAUGCCGAUUUGGAGCAGGCGGUGGAGCAGGCCCACCAGGGGGUCUUUUUCAACCAAGGCCAAUGCUGCACGGCCGGCUCCCGCGUCUACGUGGAGGAGCCCAUCUACGAGGAGUUCGUCCGGAGGAGCGUGGAGCGGGCCAAGAGGAGAGUUGUGGGGAGCCCCUUUGACCCCACCACCGAGCAGGGGCCACAGAUCGACAGGAAGCAGUACAAGAAGAUCCUGGAGCUGAUCCAGAGUGGCGUGGCUGAAGGGGCCAGGCUGGAGUGCGGGGGGCAAGGACUGGGGCGCAAGGGGUUCUUCAUUGAACCCACCGUUUUCUCCAACGUGACUGAUGACAUGCGCAUCGCCAGGGAAGAGAUCUUUGGCCCCGUGCAGGGAGUCCUGCGGUUCAAAACCAUGGAGGAAGUGAUCGAGAGAGCCAACAAUUCCGACUUUGGCCUGGUGGCUGCCGUCUUCACCAGCGACAUCAACAAGGCGCUGGCCGUCUCCUCUGCCAUGCAGGCGGGAACCGUCUGGGUCAACUGCUACAAUGCCCUGAACGCCCAGAGUCCUUUCGGGGGCUUCAAGAUGUCCGGCAAUGGAAGAGAAAUGGGAGAGAGUGGCCUGCGAGAAUACUGCGAAGUGAAGACGGUGACCAUCAAGAUUCCCCAGAAGAACUCCUAAGAGGAGGGGGCUGCCCAGCACCAGACGCGCCCCUGCCACUAUCCAGAGGGACUGAGCACUCAGGAAGUUUUAAAAAGUGACACUGAUGUUUGUUUUUAAAAUAACAUCGCAACCAAGUUCAUUAUUCAACUUGAGGGGUUCUUCUCCACUGCUGACACCGCACUCCUUUGAUCUUUUGAAAGGCGCUCGAGCUGGAUGGCCGAUUCCCCUGCUGAGGGGGCUUUUCCUGGGGAGGAGCAGGCAGGAGGCAGCCCCUGGCCGGGAAAGCCGCUCUGCUUUCUGGUCAAGGCAGGCAGCAGCCUGGGGCAUCUUGUGGGCACCCGUCCCGCUGCCUGUGCCACGGCCUUGGGAGGCUCUGCUCGCUCUCCUCGGGGAAGGAAGGAGGGGCCUGGCCAGGUGGGCUUCCUGGGGGAGGUUGGAGAGGCGGCAGCCACUCCUCCCACUCCCUCUCCUUCCCCCAGGGGUCACCCAGAGGCAGCCCCCCUCAGCAGCCCUCACUGCUGCUUCGGGGAAAUGGGCUUCCUGGAACCUCCAUGUGCUCCCCUUGCCCGUUGGGGGAGGGGAGGUGCUUUCCUCCCCUGCUCAGGGGCCUCCGUGUUUCUCGGGGAGCUGACUCCCAAAGGCCCGGCCCCCCAGGCAGCCCUCUUUGAAAUGGCUCCCCUGGGUGGCCAAACAGCUGCCCCACCAGCACUGGCUGAGGGUUUGGGGAGGACCCUCCCCCAAAAACCUCUGCCGACUGACAGCCUCAGGAGGCUGGAACUAAAAGGGGCAGCCAGAGACCCAUCCUCCUUGGCUGCUUUCUGCUUGAAAUGAUCUUGGGCAGAAACUUUUCUUCCAAAAGAAGGAGCCCUCAACUCACUCAGUGGCCCCCUGAAGCCUCCCCCCUUUCUGGCUAGGGAGCCCCUGGGAACCCCAUGGCCAGCCACAGCGCAGCGCUUGGCCAGAUCUGGCCAGGCCUCCCCAGGAACUGGGCCAAAGCCCAGGAUUCCCUCUGAGGCUUUGGGAGCCCAAAGGCCGAAGGGGCUGCGCUGAGCUGUGGCUCUUGGGAGGACAGCUGUGCAUUUUCAGCUGCAUUCAGGGGAGGGGUCUCCCCAAGGAGUCUGUGUCAGAAACACCUGGCCUCUUCGGAGUCAGCCAGCGCCCAAGACUGGCUCCAGGCAGCCCAGGGGCCUCCGUCAGCCGUGGGACUCACUUACCUUCCCUGCCGGUGCGCAAAUGUGGGCACACUCGCUGCGUCUGCGCGUGUGCACUGCCUUCUGCGCAUGGGCAGUGCGCGCGCAUUAUGUUGGGGUGGGUGGGCGGAGCCUCCUGCAGCCGCCGCUACCGGCUCCCCCGAACUGGAGAGAACCAGCUGAAUUCCCCCUCUGGUCUCCAUGGCACAAGACAGGGUGCCCCCCACCCACCCAGGCCACAUGGCCCAGAGCAGCAGGCGUUUUCUAGGCAAGCCUCAUUGCACACAGAUGGGUGUCCAUGCAGGUGCCCUCCAUUUCCACCUGCCUGGCCCAGGAGAAGCUCCCUCCGAGUGCCAGGGCUGCCUCAGGCCUUUCGGGGGGUGGGGGGUGGGCAGCGCUCCCUCUGGACACUCCCCGCCUUCCAGUGUUUUCUGCCAGUGAUGCUUCUGCAUCCUCCGUCCUUCUUCUCUGUCAGUGGUGAAGCACAAGCAAGAUACAAGUAUUGUUCCUGAGCUGGAUAAGACGAACGUCACGUCCUACAGUGUUAUAGCAGAAGGUUGUGGGGUUUCUUUGUUUUAAUGUUCUAAGAAGUGAGUUUUCUUCUUCUAUCCAAUAUUCGUGGUGAAAGGAGUGUUUCUCUUUCUCUUGUGUACCUUCAGAAAGACCUGUGCUAGCAAUAAGCAUUUAUGCUCUAUACUCUGCAUUAUACGUGUGGUGUCAGUGUGUGUAAUUCCAAAUAAACAAUUAUUAUGAAGUC